AUGCGUGUGUACGGUGUGGCGCACUCUACCAAUAAGAUCCCUUCAAAUGCAGUCUUGUUUCGUGUAACCCCGUUACAGUCGUCGUCCUUGUUGUACGAGGUGAAGGCCGCGUAUGCGCAUGACACAGACGCGAAGCAUCUGAUCGAGUUUCUCUCAGCUACUUCCGACAAAGCACGUCGGAAGUUGGCCCCUCGUCUACGAGCGAGAGUACACCUGUAUCGUGUGCACGACGGUCUACUGUUUUACAGCGCUGUAGACGACAAUGUGUUCCACGUUGUCGUGCUGAAUGAUCCUAACCUGCGCAGCAGGAUCAUGUACGAGUAUCAUGAUGUCCCCACGGCAGGACAUCCGGGACGUGAGAAGCCGUAUUCUCGUCUCACGAGAGACUUCUACUGGAACCACCGGUACAAGUGGGUGCCCAAGUACGUACGUACUUGCGAUGUUUGCCAGCGAGUGAAACCUGCACCUCACUCGCAGGCUCCUAUGCAACCACUGCUGACUCCGUCGGAGUGUUGGGAGUCCGUUUCGAUGGACUUCGUGUUUGGUCUUCCGCGCGAUUCCAGGCGGAAGACUGGUAUUGUGGUCUUUGUGGACCGCUUCAGCAAGAUGGUGCAUCUCGCUGCUGUCGCAGCGGAGGUGACCUCCGUACAGACGGCAAGUCUGUUCGUCGACAUGGUGUUCAAGCACCAUGGCAUGCCCAGCGACUUUGUGUCGGACCGUGAUCCGCGCUUCACGGCGCGUUUCUGGCAAUAA